AUGGAAACUAAAAUGGGGUGUUCGGUUUCAGGAAUCGGCAGAGCCACCGGCAAACAGUUCGCACACUAUGGGGCCAAAGGUCUUGUGUUAACCGACAUCAACGAAGCCGGGCUGCAGCAGAGCAAGGAAGAAAUCCUGGCGAAGUACCCUAAGAUCGAGAUUGAAACGAUAAAGAUGGACGUGACAAAUGAGCAGUCCAUCAUCUCCGCUCACGAAGCAGCAGUCAAGCGCUUCGGGCGUAUUGACUAUGCCGUCAACAAUGCUGGCACGCCAGGGCACAUGAUCGCUAGUUCGCAGUCGACGUAUGCUGAGUUCAAGUUCGGAGUCGACAUCAACUUGUUCGGUGUUUGGAUGUGCCAACGUGAACAGUUGAAGCAGAUGGAGUCCCAGCAGCCUAAUCAGAGAGGCGCAAAAGGCUCCAUUGUCAACAUCUCGUCUAUCUACGGUCAUACAUGCGGAAAGAAUACCACGUCCUACUGCGCAGCUAAACAUGCCGUGCUUGGGAUAACGAGAAGUGAUGGCGCCAAUUAUGCAAAGAGUGGCAUUCGCGUCAACGCAGUCUGUCCAGGAUACACAGACACCCCUAUGCUGCGAAUGCCAGGUGCUGGCUCUGCAGUAGGAAUGGACGAGUAUAUCAAUGUUUGUCCUAUGGGUCGUUUGGGAGAAGCACGAGAGAUUGCGGAUGUCAUCGUCUUUCUGUCUUCUCCUAUGGCUAGCUACGUGACAGGACAAGAUAUUCCCGUCGACGGCGGAUUUCUGAUUGUGUGA